GUACUUGCAGACGAGGACUAUACAUGUCAGCACCACCACGACGUAGAUGGCGAACAGGGUGAGGAAAUCCAUGUCGCACCUGGCAGCGUCAGAGACACAAAACAACAGGUGUUUAAGGUGGAAACUCACAACGAACAGUCCACACAAUGCAAAGAGGCAUCACAAGACACCUGUUGGAUCUGGUUGCUGACAUGGCCCGACACUCAUAUUACGACUCACAGUGCUGGAGAGCGGAGCAUUACUCAGGAGCUCUGCACGCACAUCCAUGGAUGCACUUUAGAAAGUCCUCAGCAUGCCGUCGUCCAAUCAGGGCUGGCCCGAUGAGUUCGGCUUCCAGCUGGGUGGGACCGGACCCAGCUACAUCCUGUCCGUGGAGGAGGGCAGCAGUGCACACCUGGCGGGGUUGCAGGCUGGGGACCAGGUCCUGGAGAUCGAGGGUCACAAUGUGUCGACACUGGGUCCUCAGGCUGUCAUCGCCAUCGCCCAGACUCAGAAGAACAUCCCUCCCAGUAUCGGAGUGGUGUCCCGCAUACAGCAGAUGGACAUUAUACCGGGUCCGGAUGGUCGUUACGGGUUCACCAUCGUGGGAGACUGCCCCCUGCUGGUCGAGGACUGCUCGCCUUGCUCUCCAGCCGGCCGUGCAGGUCUGAGGGCCGGGGAUUAUGUCAUGGAGGUCAACGGCAUCCCUGUCAGGCAGCACGAAACGGCCGCCGCGCUGAUCAAGGCCUCCCAGGGGAGGACGCUCCGUUUGGGGGUGCUGUGCCUCGGCUCAAGGCAGAAACACAGCAUCAGCAUAGAAGACAGUCAGAUGGGAGGAGAGGUGGCGAGACUGGACCGUAAACAUAAAGCUCUGGAGUUCAACCGGAAGGUCGAGCAGAUUCUUGGUGACGAGCCUGAAGUGAAAGAGAAACUCUUCAGCGUGCUGAAGCAGUACGCAGCCGAGAAGAGGGUUGAGUGGUUGGCCUCGGUCCUGCCCGACAUACUCACCACUGAUGAGCACCGACAGCUAAUAGCCAGCAUCAGAAUCUUCAUUCCCAAGAAGCACCGGCAGCGCUUCGACGAGGCCGUGUCCCAGAACGUGAUCAACCGACUCUGCCGCAGCAAGAGCAUCAGCGAGCCGCAGGGCAGGAUCCGGCGCAGUCGGAGCGAGGAUCACUCUGAUCGCCGUCACGGGUCCAAACGGGCCAGCUCGGUGCCCAGAGAUGGAGAACCUGGUGGAAGGGGUGACGCUGAGAGAGACAGGAACUCGAGGAAGUCCAUCGCUGGGAUACCUCCGCAUCCCCCCAUCGGACCCAAUCAGAGGAUCGUUCGUGUCUACAGGGGGAAGAAGAACUUCGGCUUCACUCUGCGGGGUCACGCUCCCGUCUGCAUCGACUCCGUCAUCCCAGAUAGUCCUGCUGAAGAAUGUGGACUGAAAACAGGCGACCGUAUCCUCUUUCUCAAUGGACUGGACAUGAGGAACUGUUCCCAUGAGAAGGUGGUGUCCAUGUUGCAGGGCAGUGGGGCGAUGCCUACCCUGGUGGUGGAGGAGGGUCCGUCUGAAUACUCUUCAGACCAAACUGACCCAGAGGAGUCUCCAAGCAUGGCCCCUACAACGUUGCCACGCUCCAGGUCUCCGGCCCUCAGCUCUCUGCAGUGGGUGGCAGAGAUUCUUCCGCCAAGCAUCAAAGUCCACGGACGGACCUUCAGCCAGCAGCUGGAGCACCUGCUGACCAUCCAGGAGAGGUACACGGUCUGCAAGGCCCUGGAGACCUUCUUCCAGCACAGGAAUGUGGACACUCUGAUAGUGGAUGUGUUUCCGGUGUUGGACACUCCAGCCAAACAGCUUAUCUGGCAGUUCAUCCACCAGCUCCUGACCUACGAUGAACAGGAGCGCUGCCAGAGCAAGCUGUCUCGCUUCCUGGGCUGCAAGAGCAGUGCAGCUGCGUUGGAGCCUGAUGUAGGCCCAGAGCACCACCGGCGGAGCAGCUCCAUGCGCGUGACGGGGACGUCGUACCGUAGCUGUGUCCGGGAGAGGAGCUCCGAUGACUGCAUCAUCGGGACCCACCUGGGAAUGGGAAUUCAUGUGGACGAAAAUGGGAGCCCGGAGGAGAGGCAGUCAGGAGAUGGAACCUCCUUCCCCGAGUCCCCUGACCUCAAUCAUAUGACAGGUGUGUACACGGAGCUGGAGAACGUGUACGCAGGGAAGAGUGUGCCGCCGCUGCAGGGCGGCUCCUCGGCAGAGCCCGAGGGCCCGGGACAGACUGAGGCCUACGGGCGCUCUCUCUCCCCGCUCACACUUCCCCCUCUCACAGGUAACCGUAAGUCCGGCCUGACCUUAUCCUGGAAGGAGCCUCUCCCCACUCCCGUGUAUGAGAUCCACCACCAGAGCAGUGUGGACUCCAACCCUUACGUUAGCUUGGAAAGCCCGCCAGCUUCCCCGCAGCCCUCUGACAGCGGCCCCAAUACGCUGACCCGCCGCAAGAAGCUGUUCACCUUCUCCCGCCCGCCUCGCAGCCGGGACACGGACAAGUUCCUGGAUGCUUUGAGCGAGCAGCUGGGGCAUCGGGUCACUCUGGUGGAUGACUUUGUACCCGGGGAGAACGACUAUGAGGAGAUAUAUCAAGGUGGUUGUCAUGGUUUCAGAAGAAGAGGGAUGCCUAUGAGUUUCCAGGAUGACCAGGAUCUGGGCUUCAUGCCCCGCCGGCUCAGCAGUGGCAGCAGCGAGGAUCACAGUAGCAGCGACGAAGCCUCGUCCCCCACUUACUCAUCUGGAUCGGAACACAUCCCACCUCCUCCCACGCAGAGCCCCCCACCUCCCCCGCCUUUCCAGUCUCUCAUACCACCUCCCGCUCAGUUCACUGACACCAUGCCGCCCGUCCGCUUCUCCCCAGAGCACGUCCCACGGAGCCGGAUGCCCUUCCAGCCCCACCACCCCAUCAUCCCUCCUCCCCCGCCCCCUCCAAGGACCAUCCUAUCCAGCCGCUCUCCUCUGCACAAGGUGCUCCCCACCAGAGAAGAAGCAGACAAAACUCACCAGCGCUUUCAGGCCACCUCCACCCGCCUCUCGCACGUCCACACCACCACCCUGGUUUCCACCACCCUGCGCUCCUCCCAACCGUCGCGCUACCUCCCCCGGCAGCUCAGCCAGCCCCAGCCCAUCCUCCAGCCGUCCCCCCAGCCCUCGCCUCAGCCGCUGAGACCGAGCCAGCUUGUCCUCCAGAGGCACCACCAGCUCCACCACCAACACAGCUACCAGGGCCAACUGCCUCCAUCCCUGCAGGAUCACAGCCCAUCCCAGUGUCAGAGCCAAGGCCCCCCGCUGCUCUCCCAGCCUCCAACCACUCACUCCACCCUCCCCACUCACACUAAGACCUAUGAGAGCACACGGCAGGAGCACCAAUCACAACAGGCACAGCCGCCCCCACCUCCACCCCUGCCUCCGCCCUGCGAGCCUCCUCCGCUGCCCAAGUCAGGACCCCACGCCUCGGACGCCAACCACAUGAGCGUGAAGAGGCUGCGCUGGGAGCAGGUGGAGAACUCCGAGGGAACCAUAUGGGGUCAGCUCGGAGAGGAUUCAGAAUACGACAAGCUCACUGAUAUGGUGAAGUAUCUGGACCUCGAUCUGCACUUCGGGACUCAGCGAAGGUCCAUCUCUCCUCCAGAGCCUCCAGCCUUCUUGCCAGAGAACUUUAAAAAGAAAGACGUGGUGGAGAUUCUGUCUCAUAAGAAAGCCUACAACGCCUCCAUCCUCAUCGCCCAUCUGAAGCUCUCCGUCAGCGAGCUGCGUCAGAUCUUGAUGAACAUGACCACCGACAGGCUGGAGCCCGCUCACAUCAAGCAGCUGCUGCUCUACGCCCCCGAUGAGGAGGAGGUGAAACAGUACGAGCAGUUUGACCAGGACCCGGCCAAACUGAGCGAGCCCGACCAGUUCAUCUUCCAGAUGCUGAUGGUGCCCGAGUAUAAGACCCGUCUGCGGAGCCUCCACUUCAAGACGACCCUGCAGGAGAGGACGGAGGAGAUGAAGGUCGCGUAUGAUUACAUCUACAAGGCUUCAGUGGAACUGAAGAGCAGCAAGAAACUGGCCAAAAUCCUGGAGUUUGUACUUGCAAUGGGAAAUUACCUGAACAAUGGUCAGCCCAAGAGCAACAGGACAACCAGUUUUAAGAUCAACUUCCUGACUGAGCUGAGCACAACCAAAACAGUGGAUGGGAAAUCCACCUUUCUCCACAUUCUGGCCAAGUCUCUGUGCCAACACUUCCCUGAGCUGCUCAACUUUUCCAGAGACCUCACAACAGUGUCUCUGGCAGCCAAGGUGAACCAGAGGGCCAUCACAGCAGAGCUGAGUGAUCUUCACACAACCAUUCAGGACAUCCGGACGGCCUGUUUGAAGAUCCCACCCACCUCUGAGGACCAUUUUGCCUCCGUCAUGAGCAGCUUUUUGGAGAACAGCCAUCCCGCGAUCCAGUCUCUGGAGUCCCUGCAGACCCGAGCCAUGGAGGAGUUCUCCAAGGUGGCCUCCUACUUCGGAGAGGACAGCAAGUCCACCAAAACUGAGGCCUUCUUCGGCAUCUUUUCAGACUUCAUCUCCAAGUUUGAGAGAGCUCUCAGCGAGACCCAGACUCCAGACAACCCCAGAAGCCCCAGACUGUCUUCCCCUCUGGCCUGGUAGAAGCAAGAUGUCGGGCCAAAACCGAGAGGCCGGCCGGCUCCACUUUCACUCUGCUCGCCACAACCAAAGUGCCAAGAUCACACACAGAGACACUCGAACCAACAGAGAGAGGAAGAGAGACUGCAUCAUCUAUAGCAAACACAAUGGAAGUACACUGUACCUAUCUGUAGAUCACGACAGUUAAUGAGCGCCCCGUGUGCAGCAUUGCUGUUCUUUCAGGUGCUGGGUAGAGCAGAACAUUCAGGUGUCCACAGGUCAACAGGAACUCACCGCACACUGACGACUCCAACCAGUCUUCACAUUAUUUACAUCUCUUUUUAACACACAGUUCAUGGCAGACAGUAACAAGAUGCACAAGAGGAAACCAUCCACAUAUUUGAUUGCUACGAGAUGUAGAUAAUGAAAACAACUGGUCUGAAUAUUUACAGAUUAAUUACUAUGUUUAAUAUAUGACUAUAUAAAGUUUAUAUUUUCUAUCAGAUCAUAUUUGAAAAAUUGUAAAGAUUAAGCGUAGAUGUAGUCUGAAGACAGCUGUCAGAAAUCGAGGUGAUUCACAAGCGUAGUUUAGUUAAGCGGCCGGCUCAGGCCGGACCGCUCCGAGUGAUCAGACUGUUGACACAGCGGAGCGCUCACUGCUUCCCGUACAGCAGGAUUUGAUUUGAAAAUAGUAGAUAACAACGUCAAGUAUCCACAGUGCUGAUCUAGACUCAUAGAUGUGGUCGUUCUCUAACCAACUGUGAAAUUAUAGGGCACCUAUCAUGGGAAUUCUGAUAAAUAGAAAAAAUAUUUUUAAAAAAAUAUACAGCUGAAGUCAAAGUCAUCUUCACCCAGCAGAUUCACUCUUAUCCUUUGUGGUAGCUAUGGAAGCAAAAGACUGCCAUAAAAAUUGUAAGAUUUUCAUCAGAAUACCGAAUUGUGAAUUUAAACUGCUUCUUAUUCUCAAUAAGAAAAAUAAACAUCUAAAUUACAGUUAAAGUAAUACAAAUUUAUUGUGUGUAAUUUAAAAAAGUUAGUUUAAAAAGUUUAUAAAAUUAUCAACAGAACGUUGAAGAAAACAAACGUUUUGACUGCCAGCCUCGCCAGUCCAAAGCACGUGCUAGCGGUGUAAAGAUAGCCUGAAACAAAUACACCACGGGGCUUUUCACGUUGGAAACCAACUGACUUAAAGGUUCCAUAUGUCGUGUCCAUAUCAACGCUGCGUUAGCCACAUUGCUGCUCGUGAACCAGUAGGUGGUCAUGGUUAACUUUGGCCUCAGCUCCCCAUACAAGUGCAAUCGACGAUGAAGACGUCUUAACAUUUUCUUGGCUGUCUAAAACACGAGGGCAUCCGUGGAAGUUUUGACUCCGCUCACUGCAUCCUAACUGGGCCCGAUCAGAAACAGCCACUGAAUCCUGUCCAGUUAGGCCCGUUGGCAGCACAAGAACUGAGAUUCAGUUUGAGUCCUUUUUGUCGUCAGCCUUUCUUCUGCCUGUUAGGACCUAAUCAAAUCCAAAUGUAUUCGACAGCACACAUUUAUUUGCAAAACAUCACUCAAAUGAACAAUGUUGCACCUUUCACAGUGAGGUAACACUGACUACAUCAGCACAUGGUGCGACUUUGGCUCCAAAAUCAUCCGUUUCAUGAAAUGUGUGGGUGGAAUAGCAAAUCUUUUUUUUUUUUUUCUCCCACAAUUAGAGUCUUACUUGUUGUCAGUGCAGAGGGAUAAAAGGCAGGUUUAAUGUGAAGAGGCUGAAUGAACGAACAUCAAACGCAUGUGGAUAAAAAGAAAAACAUCCGACUGUAAAUGGUCAUUUCCUGCUUCUCUGGUGAUAUCAUGACUCAUCUACAGUACAGUGUACCUGUAGCUGUGUUGUAUUUAUGUCAAUGAAUUAUUGUUGAGAUUGUAAAUUAACUGUUUUUUGCUAUGCACCGCUCAUCACUUUGUAUUAUACGCUUGUGUGUCCACCAACUUCUAAUUUAUUUUCUUAUUCAGGAGUGUCAUCAGGAAACUACCAUGUGAUCUAUUCUCUAUGCGCAGCUUUAGUCAGGCUUACGAGGUGAGUGUUAUCUCGUAAAAAUGCAUUCCUAGCUGCUACUAGUGUGGUAACAGUGUUUUUCUCGUCCAGAUCGAUUGCAUGUUGGUGCAGUUAAUGUAUUAAGAUGUGCAGCUGGUAGCAUUUACCCUCCCUGGAUAUUUAAGUUUGAAAUAAAUACAUUUCUGUUAGUCUUGGUUAGGUUUAUUUAUCGGUUGCCGACAGGUUUCCCUUUUCUAACUGUUUUAUAUGUUUUCAUGGGAAGUUGCUCAUGUUUUUGUGACUGUUUGACCUUUAUGUUUUGUUCAAUGCUUUCAAACGAUGGAUAUGUUUUUGAUCUAUAAAAAUAUCAUGCUUGAAAGUAAAAACCGCCCAAUUCA